UCUUCAUUCAUUCUCCUCACACACUUCCAUUUCUAUUAUUUCUCUUCUCUCUUACACUAUCCCACUCUUCUCCAACCAUGCCUUCUCUAAACCCAAAAGCUCAAGAGUUUUUCCCAACCCAUCAACACCACAAGCUUCACCCCAACCUCACCCCUCUCCACUUCUACUACUUGUUCUUCUCACGAGAGCUUCACCCUCUCUUCUACCCCACCACAACGCUUCCACUUCCACCACCUUCCACCACCCACCAUCUGUUACCACCCGCGGAGGCUCAUGCAGUGCAGCAGAAUGGUAAAGAGGAAGCCCCGAAAUCGAAAGUGUUUAAGGCCUUCAUAAGGUGUGACACCACGCGUUCUGAAGGUUUGAGGCUGAAGGGUUAUGCGCGGAGAGAGAAGGGAGAGGGGAAUGGUCAAAGCAGGAAGAGUGAGUGUUUGAGGAACCGAUCAUAUGAUAAACAGUGCUUCAGGGCUUUUCCUAGAAAGAAAUGUUGUUACCCUUUGUUGCCUGUUAAGGUUGAUGGAGGCGACACCACUGUCAUGAUCAGAAACAUUCCCAGCAAAUACACACGAAAUAUGCUGGUGGACUUCCUUGACAAUCAUUGUUUGCAAGUGAAUUUACGAGACAAAGAGGCUAGCAAGGAGAAAGGGGAAGAACCAAGUGCUUUGGCGUUUGAUUUUGUUUACUUGCCUAUUGAUUUCAAAAGUGGGUUGAACAAGGGUUACGCGUUUGUGAACUUC